AUGUUAUCUGACGCAGAGGCACUAUCAUGCGCCAUCUACGGAUUUGUAAGGCGCAUUCCUUUGAAUUUGUCAACGGAUCAAUACGCCCUCCUACCAUCUUUCAAGCUCCAACCGAAUUCCACCAGACUGGGUCCAAAGGAAAGGAAAACGGGUCAAACCAGCGCCUCUGGGCCAACCCCAAAAACCAGAAUGUCCUUUAAUCUUUUUAAAUAUAUCAACCGUUCAAGAAAGGAUGAAAAAGAACCCCAGCAUAACAAAAAUCACACCGUCGCACCAAAGAAAAUUCGAGUUAAGAAGCGGAAGGAGGCUCAGGUGCCUGUGUGUGAUCAGAAGUCGGUCAUGGAAGGUAUUAUGACCGUGCUUAACUCCACGCAAAUCGAAUUCACUCACAUCGCCUCCAAUCGGGUACAGUGCACUUGGCGAGUUCCAAUGACACUGCAGGAGACAGAUAUCGACUCAGAUGUCAUGCCGGCCCCACCCGAACUUUUGGCACUUGAUCUUGAGGUAAUCUUCGAUGAGCACACCGGACCACAAAGUAUCAAAUUCAAACGGUUGUCUGGAAGCAUUGAGGACUUUCGAAGAGAAUCGCGGAAAUUGUUGGAUCGUUUUCACGUUGCCUGGGGCUGGUAA